AUGGCUAAACGAGAUCCGAGUACAUUGUCAAACUAUCAUGCUUGGAGAACACGACAUACAACAUUGGACCUCCGAAUCGACUUUGCAAACAGAGAGUUAACUGGCAACGUAACCCUAGACCUUGAGUCCUUGACAGAUGGGCAAAGUGAUGAGGUAGUUUUGGAUUGCCAAUCUGUCCGCGUUGCAACAGUGGAAAUCAACUCAUCACCUACUAUCUGGGAGAUUGGUCCAGAGACAAAAGCACUCGGAUCUCCAUUACAAGUUGCGGUGCCACUCAGAGCAACGUUAGGGCAAAUUGUGAAAGUUAAGAUCAACUUUCGCACAACUGACAAGUGUACCGCCUUGCUGUGGCUGGGCCCAGAGCAAACUGGAAACGACGGCUCAUUUGUCUUUUCUCAAUGCUAUUCGAUACAUGCUCGGACGCUGUUCCCAUGUCAAGACACACCUGAUGUCAAGUCAACAUACGCGAUGAGCAUCUCAUCACCAAGUAGAGUUGUCUCAAGUGGACUUCCCAAAGGGGAACAGAAUAAGGGUGAUGAGAAAACGUAUUUCUUUGAGCAGAAUAUCCCGAUCCCUACGUAUUUGUUUGCGUUGGCUUCAGGAAAUUUGGCCACUGCCUCUAUUGGCCCAAACUCAUCCGUAGUUGCGAGCCCAAAACAAAUUGAGCAGUGUAGAGAAGAGUUUGAAGGUGGAAUAUGUCCAUUGAUGGGAGAAGCCGAGGCGUUACUGACGCCAUACGUUUGGGGUCAAUACAAUUUGUUGAUUAUGCCCCCUAGCUUUCCGUACGGUGGAAUGGAACAUCCCAUAUUUACCUUUGCGUCCCCUACUAUCAUGACUGGCGACGGCCAAGGCUUGAGAGACGUUAUUCCUCACGAACUUUCGCACAGUUGGAGCGGCAAUCUUGUUACGAAUGCUAGCUGGGAACACUACUGGCUAAACGAGGGCUGGACAGUGUACCUUGAGCGCCGGCUUGCGUCCAAGAUACAUGGGGAUGCGUACUUUGGCCUCGCAUCCAUCCUUGGUUGGAAGCGACUGCAAGAUGAUGUGGAACGUCUUGGUCCUGACCACGAGUUUACCAAGCUUUGCGUCAAUCUAUCAGGUGUACACCCCGAUGAUGCCUUCUGCUCGAUCCCUUAUGAGAAAGGAUUUUGUCUUAUAUAUUUGCUCGAGAGAGUUGUUGGCCGAAACAAUUUCGACGACUUCAUACGCCACUACUUUACUGUUUGGGCCGAAAAGUCAUUGGAUUCGAACGAGUUUCAGGUAACGUUUCUCACUUUCUUUGCAGACCCGAAAUAUGUCCAUCUAAAAGAUCAACUGGGAUCAAUUAAAUGGAAAGAAUUAUUUUGCCAGCCGGGAUUGCCAGAAAAGCCGUCAUAUGACACAUCUCUUGUGGACACAUGCUAUCAGCAAGCAGAGGCAUGGAAAGAUAAAAUAUUUGUUCCAACUGAGAAUGAUAUUCGCGACUGGUCCUCGAGCCAGAAACUUGUGUUGUUGAACGCGAUUCUCGAUUUCGAACAGCCGCUUUCUGUUUCACAGUCCCGAGCGCUGGGAACGGUGUACCAAAUGUCAUCGUGUACUAAUGCAAUAUUGAGGACAGCAUAUUACCAAAUCGCCCUGCGAGCUGGCGACGUGACCCAGCUCUCCGGUGUGGCAGACUUCCUGGGCCAGAUAGGCACGCUUCGCUAUGUUCGGCAACUGUACAAAGCGCUGGCAGCAGUUGAUAUCGACCUGGCAGUUCUUACAUUCGAAAAGAACAGGUACUUCUAUCAUCCUACGUGUGCUACAUUGGUUGAUAAAGAGCUCCAAGCUAUUGGGCGAAAGGUGAAAGGUACUGGAUAUAGGUAG